ACACUUCAUUCACCACACCAACUCAUCAGCAUGCCUCGAUCAUCUCGCUCUGGCGGUGGCGGCCGUCCUUCAUCCGGCGGCUCGCGCUUCGGUGGCUCCUCCUCGGGCCCCUCGUCUUCAUUCGGCUCAGGCUCCCAGUCCCGCGGCGCCCACACUCAAGCUGGCACCUACCCUCAGUCCUACCAUCCCCCUGGACAGGGCGCCGGCGCUCGUACUGCUCCUCCGCCGCAACAGCAGGCAGCACCCGCUGCGGCCCCGACCUCAGGUGGCGGAGGUCUCUUUGGCCAGAUGGCCAGCACGGCAGCUGGCGUCGCUGUAGGCUCUACCGUAGGCCACGGACUCAGCAACAUGCUCUUCGGCGGCGGUGCACCUCGCGCCGCAGAACAGGUCCCGCCUGAGCACGCUCCUGCGGCCGACUUUGCGCAGGCCCAGGCUGAGGGACAACGUGUGGGUGGAAUUAACUGUGAGAUGCAGAGCAAGGACUUCCUGCGAUGCUUGGAGGGCACGGGCAACGAUGUCAACGCUUGUAGCUUCUACCUUGAGCAGCUCAAGCAGUGUCAAGCGGCCGCUAGGCCUUACUAAAGGCGCAUCGAGGGGAAAAGCUAAUCAUCACCACUCUUCUCGAAGUAAUACAAAGAUUGAAUUGAGCAGCG